GCGGUGUCGUCGGUGAAUAAUUAUGACCAGAGAUAUGUCGCGGGUUGCAAUUGUGGAAGUAUUGUUUUCUUUCUUACUAUUUGCUUUUUUUUUAAUGUGGUAGAAAUCGUACAGUGGUCUCCGUCAUGCAAAAUAUUUUCACUAAACGUCGCUCGGCAACAGUGUUAGUAAUAAUAUAAAAAUCAAAGACUACAUUUUUAUUCUAAAGUGAUAUGUGUAAUGGAUUUUUAUCAGCUGGAAUUAAUUGGAACUUAAUAGAAAAAAUGAUUAAAUCGCAGCUACAAUAAAAAACAGAAAUAAUAAUAGUAGGUAGUUAUCAUUCGUUAUCAGUAGAUGCCGGCAGGCAGGUGACGUGACGUUGACAACCAGCUUGUAUAAAACUACGAUAUAUCGUAGACUUCAACUUUGAUACCACCCUCUUAGCAAUAUCCGGAAAAUCAAAGAAAAUAUAGUUUGUUAAGAUGUUUGUGAGCUUGAAAAACAAAAUACGCGAGGAAACUGGCAGCGACGUUUCCACGGUUGUCAGAAAAGCUGGAAACGUUCGUAACGUUGGCACACGGCACACGUCUCAGACCGGUUCAACGAGCAGUAUUAGCGGCUCUAUGGUAUCACUGGAUGGUUCGAGAGAAGAGAAUACAGUUUCGCCGACGCCACCGAUACAGCUGAAAAGAGAGAAUAGUUUUGAAUAUAAACUAAGUGAUGGAAUGCAAUUAUCAUCUAAGGAUGUAAAAAGAAUUGAGAGCAGAGAAGAUGAGUGGAGGAAAAGACUGGCGAGGAGAGAAAGCGAGCUCGUAAAAAAGUUGGAAAAGAAAGACGAAGAAUGGAAAGUCAGGCUGCAGGAGAGAGAGAAGGAGUGGAAAAAAUUAUUGGAUAAACAGGAGAAGGAGAAAUUAAAGCUUGAGGAUGAAAGAAGAAAAGCCGAGGAUGCCAGACGAGUGACUGAACUUGCUUUAAAAAAUGCUGAAGAGUACAAAAAAAAACUGUACAGCUUUCAAGAAGAUGCUGAACAGUUGGAAGGUUUUCAAACACAAGAAAUGGCAAAGAUCAAACAUCUUUUACUGGCUAAAGAGCAGGAGGUAGAUGAGAAAGUGCAUCAUCUGAAGCAUGCAACCGCUGAGGUAGAGAGUCUCAAAACUGAGGUAUCGAGGCUCAGGCGUUACGAAGACGAGUUGAAUAACGUACAGGACGAAAUGGAAACACUGAGACAUUCAACACAGCGUGAGAGAGCUCAACUGUCAAGUCAGCUGGCACAAACUGAAGAAGUAGUACGUCAUCUGAAAGACAAAGUUUUUGUACUUGAGCAAAGAGUUUCUUUGGAAACAAAUGAUCAAACUAUAGAUGAACGAGUAGCGGAUUUGAUGAGAGAACGAACUUUGCUUGAAAGAAAACUUGAAGAAGCUCAUCUCCAUUUGUCAGAUAUUAAAACAAGCUGGUCAGGAAAAAUUUCAAGUCUUGAAACUCAGGUCGGAAGACUGAGUAGACAAGCUGGUGAGGAAGGUUUGGAAAGAAGGAGAGUCGAACAGGAGAAAGAAGAACUUCAUCAAAAAGUGAAACAGCUCGAAGCUGAAAUAGAGGUAAACAAAGUUGUGAUGCAAACUAAAGAUGCAAAACUUCUGCGAAUGGCCGAAGACAUCGAUGAAAUGGCCACGGAACUUAAAGAGCUUCGGGCCAAUGUCGAUGACGAGGUUGAAGAGUUUAAGCGUCAGAUUGAAUCAUCUUCGAAGGAAAUCAAGCAACUCAAAAAAGAUUUGCAAGAAGUAACAUCAAAGCACUCUCUUGCAACAACGGAACUAGCACAACUGAAGUUAUCAUUGGAUGGAGAAAAGACAAGCAAUGCUUCGCUACAUCUGGAAGUAGCACGGUUGAGGGAAACGUUAGAAACUGAAAGAACUACUACAGCGAAGAUACGAAUAACUCUUGAAAAAGAACGAGAAGAAAAGGAUGUAGCUUUACUAAGGAACGCACAAGUAUCGCAAGAUGUUGAAAUGGUUAGGCAAGAAUGUAGACAGCAAGAAACUGAGAACAAUGAGUUACAAAGUCGUGUUAACACCUUGGAAAAAACAAUAAAGACAACUAACACUGAAUUCGAGAAAUGCCAGACGCAACUCGCUGAGACUAGACUGAGGCUCGAAGAACUGGAGACAAUGGAACACAGUAGAGAAUUGGCUGAGAGUAACGAAAAAAUGUUGAAGAAUAGUAUACUUGACUUAGAAGAUCAGCUCAGUGAAAAAUCGAAGACAAUCAAAGUUCUACAACAGCGGCUGGCAGAUAUGAAAAAAACUCUUCAGCGGGAGUUGAGAAUUCCGUCUUCUUCAUUGGAUAGCGACGCAGAACCUACAGCAACAGCAACUGCAGUGAUAAAUCCAAGCUCUACGAAAACUGUUACACCAGGUCAAGAUAAUUCAAGGGAAGAAGAUGUGAACUUCAAAUACCUGAAGCACGUUUUGAUAAAGUUCCUAACAAGCCGGGAAUACGAGGCUUUGCACUUGACAAGAGCAGUUGCGACCCUACUCCAUUUUUCUCCAGAGGAAGAAAAACUGCUACAGGAAACUUUGGAAUGGAAAAUGUCGUGGUUUGGAAAUCGUCCAAACUUGGGGAUCGGCCAAACAGCAAAAGCGAUACCACCAAGUUGAUAGUUGGACUGAAUAGUUGAAAAUCUAUAAUUAUUCGUGUCGUCUACAGCGAUACAAGAAAUCCUUGAAAAUCUACAAUAUUAUAAGACCCCGGUGACAUUUACUCAGAUCUCGAUAUAAAACAUGAAAUAACAACACUGAUGGUAAUAAAAUUACACAAAGGGAGGGGUAAUUUAUCUUUAAAUGCAUUUAAUUACGAUGUAUUGUAACUAGUUUUAUAAAUUGAGAAAAAGAGUGUCAACGAGAAUUUACCUCAAUGCAGCAUGAUUAUAGGUAUUAUAUUAUCUUGAACAAAUCACUGACACUAAUGCUCUAUAUAUAUUCAAAUUAAAAAUUAUUCACGGUACAUAAAGGGUUGCCGCGUUAAAAAUAAAGGAAACUCAAGAUGUCGAUGGGACAGAAUUACCUUCACUAGAUUAGUCAAGACGGUAUUAUACAUCUCAAACCGGAAUAUUUUUAGCAAAUGUGUGAUUGUAGAGAAUUUUUACUUACAUAUUACAUCAGUUUGUUAGAAUUCUUUAGUAUAAUCAAUUCAAAAUAAAGACCUGUCAUCCAUCGCCACUCACACCUUAACACAGUGAAACUAUAAGAGGCACACAACCCUGUGUUAAUUUUAAAUAAUUGAGGGUUUCUAGAUGGUUGAUGAAUUGAGGGAAAAUUUUUAACUUCAAGCACUGUUCAAAUAGUGAAUGUCAUUGUGGAUACCUAGAAUCUUCAAAGAAGAAUAUCAUUACACUUUGUAACUGCAUUCAUUCUGAUAUUAUAUUGUUUGGCAACAAUAUUCACUCAGAAAAUUAACAAAAGGCUUAAGUAGAAAAACUUGGAUUUCAAACAACGAAUUAUAAUCGAAGGAUUAUAUUGUUCUAAAUUGUAUCUUUGUAGUUCACGAAGGCGUGUUUGGGACUUCACGUUUUGAAUUUAGGUACUUAAUACGCUUGUAAUUAUAAAUUAAAUAAUUGACAUUAAUAUGCUGAGUAUGAAUUGGUUUAAAGUUCACAAUGAUGAAUUUCAAUCACUUCAUUCAACACUUAAUGUGAAACAUUUCAAUUAUUUGAUAUAUUAUUAGUGAGCAGGUGCGCUGAUCGUGCCUAACUUUUCAUAAAUUUUGCGAUUAUGACAGUGCCUAGCUAGUUCAAGAAAACUUUUUCCAGUUACGAUGUGAAGUAUGAAUGAAUUAUCGUUGAUAGAUUAAUACAUUCCAUACCAUACUAGAGUUUAUUAUUCAUGUCUUUAUUUGGCAUUGACUCCUACGCGUCUUGACACUCCAUUCGUGUUGCAGCCACUGUUAUCAACACAUUUGCGAUGAACACAUAUUCCUUGCUGUAUUCCAUUUUAUGUGCAAUAAAACCCGUUUUUAUACAGAUCUACCGUAAUGAAUCAAAAGAGUAUUAUUAAUUAAUUAGAAUAACAAUUGGUAUGCAUUACAUAAUAAGAACUUGGGACUACGAUUUUUCUCAUUUUGAUUGUGCAAACAAUCAGUUCUUUAGUUUAUAUAAAAAAAAAAGACAAUUACUCGAUCAACCGUACUUGACGUUACCUCACGUGGUGCGCAACUUGCAUUCAAUAAUUUUGUACAGAAAAAAAAUUGAAGGUAGUGUUUCAAAAGUGUGUAAAGAUAUUAUAUUAAAAAUAAUCAAUCAUAGUAUUAGGCAUAAUGAAUCAAGAAAAUCUGGUCGUGGAAAAUAACCAAGUAUUAUAAGUAAUUAUACGUAUAUAUUGUAUACGAAUAGUUAGUGUUUCAGCUCUAUUUAUUUACAUCCAACAAAACUACGGAUACAUACUUCAUUCAUAACAUUGACUCUCGAUCAAAUUACCUUGCGUACAGUGUGGUGAGGAAUUAGGUAUACGGUUAAUUUAGAAAUCUUUAUCACCCUCUUUUCUUUAUCUACUUACAAAUUAUAAGAUACACAUAAUAAUUGAUUGAAUCCCACUAUCAGUUUUCAACUAAGUUUA